AUGGAACCUGGGUUCGGACAAAAUACUUUUAUUUUCUCAGAUGAUGGAUCCAAUGACAGGUAUCAUAACCAUAUGAGCCCUGACAGAGGAUUAUCGCCUCUUAAUGCUGAUGAGAAAUCAUCAAAAAGGUUCAGAAGUAGAUCAAUUCUGAACUUUCAGAAGGAUAAAUGUGGUAACUCAAAUUGCGCGUUAAAUAACCGAGAUACUUCUUGGAGCCGAGAUCAUUUAAACGUACACCCUAAUCAUAACACAGGGACUCAUAUAUCCUGAAGUCGGGCUUAUAAUAGAAGACAUCGGGGAACACUGGGUGAAUAUUUAUUUGCUUCUCCUACAAUGAAUAAAACGAUUAGGAUUCCUCGAAAAUCCCCAUCCUUUUCAGCUACUCUGAAGUCGACGCCGAAGGCCAAGCCAGUGAAGUCAGUUACCAGUCUGUAUGAGGAGGUGUCGGUUAGCACGACUCCUACUAUAAUCCAGAAGAAACGGAUCUUUGGAGAGCCAAGGAUAGAGGGUAAUAUGACAACUCGGGCAAGUCAACAAAGUUUCAAAGAAAUGAUGAAUAAUCCUUAUAAAUAUCAAAGUAUUUCUGUUAAGCUGGGUGAGAAUUUCCAGAAGAGUAUACAUAAGAAGUAUACUCCGACAAGAAAAGUAAUAAAGCAAAAACUUAAAGCCAGCGACCUAGAGACCCAUUCACCUCGAUAUCUCAACUCGACCCAAAAUUCAAGUAUCAGAAAAUACAUUUCUAUCAAGAAAGACAGAGAUGGGAAGGCCCAGUCUAAAACCUUAGCUGAAAUAGAAGCUUAUGUAAACGAACAAAGGGGGAUUGGCAACCUAAAGGAUGCACAGAAUAGCACUUUAAAGGACUACACUAGGACUUCUAGCAAAAACAAAGACCUCUAUUUCAGAAGUGACCGGUCGCCAAGCGGAGGAUCACGAGAGAGGUUCCAUCAGAAGAAAAUCCAUCAGCUAUUUCAAGGAGUUCUUGGAAGAAAGAUCACACCUGAAGUUGAUCCUGAGAAGAACUUAGUAACCGAAGAGAUCAAGAUCUCUGAUGAAGAAGCUGAGGAGAUCCAGCAGAUGCCUAAGAAAGUGAUUCGUUCUAAGAAAAAGACUAAGCGUAAUAAAAAGCAAAUAGCUAGUGGCCCUGAACUGACUUAUGCUGAGGUUAAGUCUAAAGUUAUGUCUAUAAGAGACACCUCUACAGAAGGAUCGAAGUCUCCCUCUGAAAGGACUCUUGAUGACUACCUUCAGAUGAUUUUGGAUAAAAAGAAAAAGAAAAGUAGGAGGAAGAAGACUAAAAGGACAGCUAAGUCUAAGAAACUUAAAAAGUAUCAAGAAAAUGCCAAGAAGUCAGAUCCAAGAGAGCAUAUCUAUGAUGACAGGCUAGAAUGGCAACGGAGUCAAUUUGAGCAAGAGUUAUUAGAGCAAGAAAGGAAAUAUUAUGAACAUGUUGAGAAUCUUCAAAAGUUUGAAUACCUCCAAAAUGAAGAACCCAGCUAUGAACAUAUUCAAAAUGGAGGAUCACAACAUUUCCAUUCAAGUGCUGAGAGUUCAGAUUAUCAGAAAACACCAGCAAAUAUUGCUCAGAAUGUUCCAGGAGAGAUCGUCCUACAUGAGAUCAAAGGGGCUAAUAGAGAGAAUUAUGUUACUUUUGAAAAUCCUACAGAACAAGCACAGCAAACCUAUAGGAAUAGCAGAGAUUUUGGUCUGAAUCUCGGUGCUCUUCCAAAACCUCAAUCUCCUCUAAAACCUCGAUUUAGGUCUAAGAAGACCACUAAGGAAAUGCUUCUGAGUACAGGUGGAUCAGUAGCUUCAAUUUGGACUGUCCCUGAUAGCUUGAAGGAAUAUACAGAUGUUGAUAAAAGAACUGGGUAUAACUUUGAUUGAGAAGAAUGAGAUAGAGACCCUGAUUACAACAUUGACAAGAGAUUGCCAAAUUAUAUUCCUCAAUAAAAUUUUACCUCA